GCUUGUCAGAAACAUGGUCAGAACGCUGGAAGCCUCUGAACAGUGUAGGUCUAACGUAAGCUCAGCCAGUCAGUAGGACAGAGAGACAUUGAACUGUAUAGACGUUUUGUUGGGAACAUUUCCGAAAGCAAAUGUUAAAUUUGGGGUAGUGCCGUUAGCUAGGUUGUCUAGCGUUUCGGGGGCUAGCGUUCAGUUUACUCACUGGUGUUCUGCGGUGGAAAUAGCCAAAAAUGUCGUCUCCAAGUCCGGGUAAAAGGCGAAUGGAUACCGAUGUGGUGAAACUCAUCGAGAGCAAGCAUGAAGUCACCAUCCUCAGCGGACUCAAUGAAUUUGUAGUCAAGUUUUUCGGACCACAAGGAACACCAUAUGAGGGAGGCGUGUGGAAGGUGCGAGUAGAUCUUCCAGACAAAUACCCUUUUAAAUCACCAUCAAUAGGAUUCAUGAACAAGAUUUUUCAUCCCAACAUUGAUGAAGCGUCAGGGACGGUGUGCUUAGACGUCAUUAACCAGACAUGGACAGCCCUUUAUGACCUGACCAACAUCUUUGAGUCGUUCCUGCCGCAGCUGCUGGCUUACCCCAACCCCAUCGACCCCUUAAAUGGAGAUGCAGCUGCCAUGUACCUUCACCGGCCAGAGGAGUACAAGCAGAAAAUCAAAGAGUACAUCCAGAAAUAUGCAACAGAGGAGGCUCUGAAGGAGCAAGAAGAGGGGGCAGGCGACUCUUCAUCCGAAAGCUCCAUGUCUGAUUUCUCAGAAGACGAGGCCCAGGACAUGGAGUUGUAGUGAUAGGAGGGCUCCCCCACCUUCCCAACCCCUCCUUUAACCCCGCCCACCACCCCCAACCCCACAAAGACUAUAUUUGAUUUCCUAACCAUGAGAAAGCAGACUUAUAAUAUUCAUAUUUAAACAAGUUGAUUUUUUUAUUAUUAUUAUUAUUAUUAUUAUUAUUAUUACUAAAAACAAGGAUUUUUAUGGAUAUCUAGCCUUUGGUGUGUUUGACAGACACCCUCCCAUUCUGUAGCCGCCCCCCGCCCCCUCCCCCGACAAAGACGUUACAAAUGCUUUCACAUUUCUCUCCCCGUUAUCUCCGCAUUUUUAAGGUGUGUUAUAUGACGUCAUAGGCGGGGAAAAAAACUAUAAUGUCUGUACUCAAAAUUUCACUUUUUAAAACAUAGUUUGACCUGAAUCCCGUUUUCCUCUCUUUUUUCUCCCCCACCUCUCCCCAACAAUGCUAACUGGUUCUGACCAUCACCGAGUUUACAGCUUUACAACGACAACCUGUAGACGAGACAGUAUUUCUUUUGUUUUUGUUUAAGUUGCACAAUCACACCUUCCGUAAAGAUACAAAAUGUGUAGUGCCAAUAUUAUAAAAACACUGAUACAUCAGUACUAAAGGCUGCCUAAACAUAUCUCUUCUUUCUUUUCUUUUUUUUUUAGCGUAUUGAUUCAGACACGAGACCGUUAAAUGCUUUUUGGACGCUACCUUGGCUGUUACCGAAGUUUUCGUUACGCUUAUUGUUUAUCAGCUGUCGCUGUGCAGAACAAAAUAACUGCUUCACAAAGUCAGGACAUGGGGAAACAAGUGAAUUAAACCACAUGGUGUGCGUGUGUUUGACAGUGUGGUGAAUGGAAACACGCACACACACACACACUAGCUGCAAAAACUAUGGACUCUUAUGUGCACAAAGGCAAUAAAAACAUAAAAGGAGAUUCUGGUCAGACUCACUCAGCAUUGCUGGAACUGAAAGAAGACCAGAGCCACAGUUUCACGUUCAACGCAGCUCAAACAAAUCGCCUAUACCGACGUAUACUCUGGCUUUUUUGUCCUCUAUAUAUUCUUAUUAUUGGUCAAGAACAACUUUUCCAGGCAGAGAAAUAAUGUAGUUGUGUUGAAUUUUAGGAAAACCAGCAUUAAAAUGUUUUAAUUUAAGCGGAAAAAGCAACAAUAACAAAAAACAAAAUGUGUGAUUUAUUGAAGAUCCAGGUUGGUGUAGUGUCAGUCCUCACAUUCCACUGUUACCUGCACUCUGCUGCAGUGCAUGCUCACCCCGUCAUCACGGUCAGACCCGAGGUCUGUUCCCCCGACUGCAUCGAGCAGUGUCUGCUUUCAAAAUAAGAGCCAGACCUUUUGACCUUUUUAGGCUUCGAGCAGUGUUGCGUUAAGGGAGUGGAUCUGUUGUUUAAUUUCAUUUCAUUUCAUAUGUACAGAUUUGGUUUAUGAUUGGGCUGAAAAAGAAGAAAAAACGUGUCAUUCAUUUGAUGCAUGUUUUGUUUUAUUGUGGCGGGUGAAGAGAUUGUAUUGGUAUCGCGCCGAUUUUGAGUUUUUGACAUUUCCCACCCGCUUUGAUUUCUAUUACACUUCACCUGUUGUCUUUUGAGUGUUUUACCUGUGGAGGCUAACGAGGCAGUCGUACUACCUAGAAAACCGUAUCAUGUAUUGACUUAAUUGUGGUAAGAAAAUCUCAGUUUGUUUGUUUUUUUAGUGUCAGACUUGAGUCAUGGUCUGGCGUUCACCGUCACAAACUGAGCCCAAAACUUAUGUUUCAGCAAAAAAAAAAAAGCACAUUGGGUUUUUUGUUUGUUUUUUUAACUCAUCCCACUCUUUCUCUCUCUUUACUCCUCCACCUGUAAUCUGUCCUGUCCCAAAUUGUGAUUUUCACAUCUUAAUGUUCACUCUGUUGCAGAUUAGGGGAAAUGACCCAAGGCUGAGAGGCGCUGGUGUCUUUGACCCGAUGUAGGAUUGUUAGACGUUAUGGCUCAGGUUUGAAAUACGUACAGUUUGGUUGUAUCUUGGCUUUUUUAAUUUUCUUUUCACUCCGGAAGGACGUGACUCAUGCUUCAUCUUUGUUGAAUCCGUGUUUCUGACAUGUCGGGAUAGUUUAGUCUUUUUCUGGGUGGUGACUUCAACUAAAACAACAUAACGCUAUAUGGCUGUAUUACAGAUAGAGUGUAGCUAGUUCUUCGGUAUGCUUAAACCUGAUAAAGCGCUCAUGGCUCAUCAGACCUUUAGUUAGUGUCUGUUGUGUGGUUGGUUAUGUGUGAGAUACUCCAUAGAUGUGCCUGCUUGUCCUCUUCCUGCAGAUUCAGAGUUGUACAGAUGAGUGUGAGGGAUUUCAAACUAGUCAACACAGAAGAGCCAAAAAGAAACAGAAAAUCUGCCCCAAAUAAUCACAAUUCAAAUAUAGAUUUUCACUUCCUUCAUGUGUUUUCUCAGUGUUUUAUUAUUGGAUGAAUUUGCCCGGUUUAAACUGUAGGUUAAUAAUUGUUCUCAUUCAGCCUGGCAAGGUUUUUUUUUCUUUUACCUCUUACAGACAGUCGACACGUUCACGGCAGUAUGUUAUAGAACGAUGUGAAUGUUUGACAUGUCUUUUAAAGUGUGGUGAGAUUGGUGAUCCGCGUCCACUCGAACCGAACAAAACCUUUAAAAGCUGAGCGCAGAUUCACACUUUCAUAAUAAUUGGCUUGUGUUCUCUCUGUCUCUCUCUCUAAGCUGCCUGUAAAUGUGUAUUUAUUCAUUAAAGAAACUUCCUUUUUUUUUGUUUUUGUUUUUAGACUCGAUCAUGAAGUGCCACUGAUGGAAGUUAUGGUUCAGCUUAGACUUUACACUGAUGACCAUUUCCAAUUUUUUUUUGUUUUUAUGAAUUCACUUUGGAAUCCUUGUUUUACUUUACAUUUGUGCAGUAUUGUACUUUGAGUGCUGAAAAUCCGGUUCUAUCCGUGGUGAGAAUAAUAAAAAAAGAAAAGCACAUUAUUAUGCAGUGGUGCAACAGGGAACUAGUCAUAUUUUGUCUUUUUCAAACAAGAUUCCUGUUUUUGGGGGGUAAAAUAUUUGCAUCUGCUGGGCAAUAGACUGAUGACAGACUCAGCUGCGGGCUGGUGUUGCUCUCGUUGAACAGGACAACGAUCGGAUCUCCUCUUUUAAUCUCUUCACUUUUACUCACCGUCACUUUUGUGUUUUUCUUUCUUACGUCAAGAGCGAAGGGAAACGUUCACUUCCUAUUGCAGCUUGAGUCCUAAAUUAUUUUUGGACAACGUCUUUCAUUUUUACCUCUCCACGUCUUCUGCUGUAGCACAAACAAACGAGCGUACAGAUUACACUCAGCUUAGAUGUCACGUGACGGCACAGAUGGAGACUCAAAAUUCUGUAAAACUGUAAGACCUGCAGAAAAAAAAAAGGCCUUAGUCCUCCAGUUUGCACACCCA